GUAGUUUCAAAAGAAUUACAAUGCUUUUGAGGAGUCUGAUCUUACUUAUAUCUCUCACCAACGUACUCACUGCAGAAUCAUGGAGGAAGCCUGGGUGCCACCGAAUCGGUCAUACCAGAAACAUAAGUAUACCGGAUUGCGUAGAAUUCAAAAUAACUACAAACGCUUGUCGCGGAUUUUGCGAAUCUUGGUCACUUCCUAGCAUCAUGUUAGGCUUCAAGCGACAUCCCGUGACCUCGUUAGGUCAAUGCUGCAACAUAAUGGAAUCCGAAGACGUACCAGUGAAGGUGUUAUGCUUAGAUGGAGAAAGAAACUUGAUAUUUAAAUCUGCCGUAACGUGUGCCUGCUAUCAUUGUCAAAAAGAAUAAUAAAGAAAAUUUGUAUUACUUAGUUAUUAUGAUAAAAUUUGAACAUAUAAUAUUGAUAAUUUCCUGUGGUAUCUAAAAUUUUUAUUGUAAUGGUGAUCUCCGAAAUGUAAAGUGCCUAAUAUUAACUUAUAAAUAAUGUAACUUGCAACAUUUUUAAUAAGUACGAUUAAACAUAUC